CGAAUUUCAACUAGCGACUGGAAUUACGUUUCGAAAUUCGAAAUGUUUGACAUUGGACCAUGUUUUCUUAACCGCCAUAACAGGGAUUCCCCUUCCACGUUUCUUUGUAUCUUCGCAACUCUCAACAACAACAGUUUUUAGUCCGUAUUCAGUGAAAUGGUUGAGAUCCUUGGUGAAAGAAGUAAUUCGAGCUUAAUGACGAAAUGAGCCAAAAUAACAACAUCGGCGGCAUUGUGUCCCGUAUUCCAUAUGAAAUUUGGGUGCACAUAAUUCUAUAUUUAAAUGCUAGAGAACGUGUGAGCCUUGGUUACUCUUGCCGGCAAUUCUACAGAAUUGUCUUUAAAGAUACAAAAUUGCUGAGGGAUCUGGACUUUUCGCCAAAUGGAUACCUGACUUCUGCCUUGGACAUCUACUCUUGUUUUAGUAGGCAAAGAAAGAAACACAUACGCAAACUUAACAUUAGCAACUGUGUUACAGUUGUACUGAGUAACCUAUUGAAGACUUACAUAAAGUCAGCAUUAAACCUCGUCGAAAUUAACAUACAAGGAAUAAAGUUCAGAGAUAUUCAAGACGUGGGCACAUUUUUGCAACCAUUGACACACCUCCAACGGUUAUCGUUCGACUGGCCAAGGCAGUUAGGAGCAGUACAUUAUGAGGAAACCACUGCUGCAAAAUUUUUGUACCAACCAUUUAGCAGGCUUCGAUAUUUAUCAAUAAUCUUUGAUAACUCUAAUUUCUCAGUCGAAGUUGUUACCUGUUUGCAACUAUGCCUGGAACUCAUAGAGUUGCAUUUAUUCCAAUUAUCUCUGCCAGUAUAUGACUACAAAGGUAUUCAAAACUUACAUCUUAUUCCUCUACCACAUCUUAAGAUUGUCGAGUAUUGCGGAUAUAAAUCAGCGGAGGUAUUAAAGAUCGUGGAAUGUUUUAUCCCCGAACCUAGACUAUGGACAGAUUUUUAUAUGGGCCCAUAUGAUCGGGUUGAUGGCUUCUACUUUGAAAAGAAUGUCCUGAUCAUCGACAAAUCAAUAAAUUCUGAGCCUCUUAGAAUCUGGCUUAUGACUUCACACAUACUGCUGAAGACCUUGCUUGUAAAAAACUUUGAAGAUGCUCCAAAUGGUUACUGUUGUUUAUCAGGAGAAGCAAUGAAGGCACCGUGUCUAUUGAAGAUUGACGAGAUGAAGUCACAUUAUAUAAAUUUAAACAAAUCCGGGAUGAUACAUGAAGCCAAACAGCAAAUAUCUUAUCUCAAUAUGUACCAUCCUAUAACACCAGAAUGUGACCUACACUUAGUCGCGGGUGCUUUUCCAAACCUGACAGAACUUGUGCUUUGUAACCUGAUAAAAAGAGAAUCAGUUACUAAGCCAAAUGUACAUCCUCAGAGGCAUCUGAAACAACGUAAUGCAUCUACUGAGAAAGUUGGUGAUCUGAUGAAUACAAAUCUAGAUUCAUGUUUCAAAAUGCUUGUAGGAAAUACGCCAAAUUUGCGAGAGUUUAGACUAGAGGCUAAACGAGAGUUUAUAUGUACACGUCAUUAUCAUGAAAUAUGGGACCUAGAUUCGCUGCACCUGAUCUCAGGUUGGCGAAAUCUCAGAGCCCUAUGUUUGUCGUCGAUACCAAUAAAGGAUGGACGGUUUCUCGUACAAAUUGGGAGAAAAUGUACGCAUUUAGAGAAAUUGGAGUUAUACAAUAUGAGCACAACGAAUGACUGCUGCUACACAACUGAGCUCUCGCACAUGGUGAUGCACCUUCAAAAUCUGAGAGAAUUCACAUUUCACGAAACAAACGUGGGAAAGGUAUCCAAAGUGUUUUUCUGGCUUGGAAGAAAUCCAGAACUCAGGAAAGUUAGUGUCAAAUCUGAGGAACCACCAAGCGAUACGCUGUGUGUAAUGACAUCCUCUAUCGAACAUCUGCUUUAUUGCUGCCCAAAGUUGGCAAUAUUUUUCUGUGUUUUCGACGGCGUACACAAAGAAUAUAGUAACGAACUUACGCAUACUUUGCAAAGAUCGAAAAUUCUGUUUAACCGGCCGAAAUUGCAAUUUCAAGUAGUUGCUGGCCCUUAUCCGCAAAAUAUCGUUUAUGAAGACUUGUCACUGCUCAAAUUUCCACAUAAAUUGAUCAGAUCCGUUACGAUGUAAAAGUACGCCUACUACGCGCAGAUCUUUGGAUAAUCAUUGUGAAGUUUUAGUUACAGAAAAAAAGAUUCUAAAAUUUCACAACUACAAUCAAGAUGAGUAAAUGUGAUAAGACUUGGUUUCUGUAAAUGAAAAUAAAAGUAAAAACGUUAUGUUUCGA